GUCCAACACUCUUACUCUGUUACGAAGAUCUCGUCAGAGAAAUGCUGAAAAUUGCUCAACCUCCCUAACAAAUUUUCCUUUCCCUUCUCCGAUUCUUACUUUGAUUUCUUCCAGGUCCUUUUCAGUUUCGAACGAGGUAAAUGUGAGGAGCUUUGAAGCUUAAACUCCUGGAAAAAAGGAAGAAAAAGAAAGACCAAAGCUAGCAAACAGAACUUCAUACCAGUAGCAGCAAAGGUUGCAACAACUUCUUUUUGCCUCCAUCUCUUUGUUCCUAUGUACGUCCUUGGCCAACCCUGUUCAUUGUUUGCAUUCCUUAGAAUUGGGUUUCCUCUGGCUUCAAGUUCCGAGCACUCUAAACCAUCUGGGUCAGGCGCAAUUGUGUCAGAAUUAUGCUUCAUAGUUUAUGUUGGCUACGUGUUUGAGUAAAUCCCUGACUGAAAAUUUUCAAGCCUUUGUUUCACCGUCUGUGUUAUCUAUCUAACCCAUCAGGGUUCUUACACUGGCAAUCUCUAUUUUACGUGUCCAGCAGAGGCAUAUUAUCUACUGAGAUCGCAAAGUUCAAAGUUUUGUAAUUUCUCUAAGCAAUGGGUGGGUUUCUGUCUUGCCUUGGUCUUGCUGAUAGCCCAUCACAAAAUGCUAACGGCAACCACAGGGAUCGAUCUUCCGAGAGCUCCAGCUCCCUUUUCAUGGAGCGUGGAAACCAAAGCGGAAUGUCAAGUAAGGGAGAAAAUUUAGUAGCAGUUAUUUACCCCUCAAAGCUUGCUGCUACAGACUUGGAUGACUUUCUCCCAUCAGGUGCGGUGGACGAAUGUCCCAUAUGCCUUGAAGAGUAUGAUAGUCAGAAUCCGAGGACUGACAUGCAAUGUAAGCACUAUUUUCAUCUUUCCUGCGUGCUGGAGUGGGCGCAGAGAAGUGCAGCAUGUCCAAUAUGCAAUCAGGAGUUUAUAUUUGAGGAAGAAACCUAAAGAGAGAGCACGAGUAUUCAACUUGCCGAGAGCCAUGGCACCUUGUAGAAAAAGAAGCCCCUUUUCUCUGGAUUCUGCAAACAAAAUUCUUCACCAUCUACAAUUUUGGCGAUCUAUUUGUUCAUUUCAUUCAAUUUGUGAACAUGGAAUCAAUCAUGUGUUCUAUUUUGUCAUGGUUACUUUUUUUCCCCUAUGGAACACAAUAAAAAAAAAAGGAAACAAGAAAGUUGAUCACUUGAGUAAUCAGUAACUUGAUUUCCAAGAACGUUGUUCUGGAGCAAGAAACUUACAAUGUUGCCCUACCCUUCCCAACGCACUGUUGCAAAGCCUACUUCAGAGUCGAGGAAGUCCCAAAACAGCUAGCAUUUUCUUCUGGAUCAUACUAUAUGAAUUCAAACAGGAAUGAGUACUACUUAUCAUGCACCACUUUCCAUAGUUUUUGGUGAAUCAGGAACUAGACUUUCCUUAAACCCUAAAAUGGAAUCCAGAACCCUAAAUCCAUUUCCUGCUAAAUCAACAAUGAAGUAUUUCCUUUAUAAACCCCUAAAAUAGAUUACAGAAUACUCA